AAAAAUGCAGCGCUUCAACUCAUAAGCUCAAAACAUAGUGGGACACAACUGAAUACUUCAAAAUUCAAAUUAGGCCUCCUUCUCUGUGCAGCUUCCACGAAAUGAAUCGCCUUCUUCUUGUUCGUCACCCUCUACUAGCUUUAUCCAAGCUACCACCACUAUCACCCUUUUCCCAAACCUAUUAUUAUUCAUACACACCCACACGGAUAAAUUCUCAAAUAUAUAAGAUUAAGGACCCUCCUCGCACAAGCGCUGCAUUUUGCACUACCAACAAAGAGUUGUCAUCUAAGAAGUGUGUACCGUGCAAUACAAAGGACUUGCAACCCAUGACUGAGGAUGCAGCAGGCACUCUGCUUUCCCAGAUUGCCCAGUGGAAUUUGGUAAACGAGGGUGGUGUGUUGAAAUUGAGGAGAUCAUGGAAAGUAAAGACUUUUACCAAAGGAUUGGAAUUUUUCAGGAUAAUAGCUGAUCUUGCUGAUGCGGAAGGUCAUCAUCCUGAUCUUCACCUUGUUGGCUGGAAUAAUGUUACUAUAGAGAUUUGUACACAUUCUGUAGGUGGGCUGACGCAGAAUGACUUCAUUCUAGCUGCUAAGAUCAAUGAGCUUAAUUUGCAUGACUUGCUAAGACGGAAGGCUUCUGACUGAAUUAUCAAACAAGAAAUUGAAGAAAUCCAAGUGUUGGUAAGGUUUUUUGUUUUCCUUUAUAACUAGGCCAUGAGCUAUCCUUCUAAUGAUUUGGAAGCUCUAGUUCGAUCUAUUAAUUUUCUUCUACCAUCAUCUGAGAUUUCAAUAACAUCCAACAUUAGCAUGAAAUCUACAGAAUGGUAAUUGUCAAAGAGAACCAUUGACCAAAGUAAGGUAUUCCAAGCUUCUGUUGGGCAUGAACUCGUAAACAAGUAUUUCUCUUUUUGCUGAAUGCAACAGCCAAGAAGCUUUACAUGAUUGGUGCUGAAAUUUGGCUAUUAUCUGAACUUCAGUUUUGAACCUCCUGCAGCCCUUGCUCAGAGUUCUUGGAAAGCCUCUUAACAGUGAUCUCUGUCCCAUUGGAAAUUACACUUUGUUUGGAUUAUAGAGAAUGUGAACAAUAUAAUACUUUGGUGUAAAAUAAUCAUGUCAGUAACACAGUUUCAAAGCCAUCUUCUCCCAAUUUGUUGUGUCUGUAAGAGCCAUUAGUGGCAUAAAAUACGGUUGAUUAAUCAAUUACUGGAAUGUCAAUGUCUUCCAUCUCCCUUCUGCGAA